UCUUUUUUUCCAAGAGACAUGAGAAGCUGCGAAGUUUAUCUAAGUUCGUGAGAGACUUGUGCUGUGUUUCAGACAUAAUUACCCGAUUCUCAAGUGUCUUUUGAAGCAUUAUAUAAACAACUGACUGAACACAUCCUCCCGAGCUGGACCGAAAAAAAAACAACACAUGCACAGGAUAAUAAACAAUAACAAACCCACGUAACUUGGAAUAACACAGUGGACCUCGCAGAAAUAUACAAUGUAAACCUCCAACAUAUGUGGAAAAACACCGUUGACCUCAUAGAAAAUACAAUGCUUAGCCUCCUCUUGUACUUGUGGUUUCUUUGGGGGAUUUGUGUGCUAUGCCUCCACAUAGAGUCCCCGUCAUUUUUUACACACCGAGAUAGACUCAGUGAAGGAGGAGAAGUUGCUGAGGAUAAUCCUGUGAUGCAAGGAAAGGAGGAAAGGAAGUUACUGAAGCAAAAUAUUGAACAAAGCGACCGGGUGUUCUAUGGUAACAUUCGCGGGAGGGAGAGAGUGAGAAGAUUCGUGGGCGACGGUCGCGUAGGCUCCGCCCCCAUGGCAGACGAAGGCCACGCCCAGGCUCCUCCCACGAGCUCGACCAUCGUCCACUACGAACAGCUGAUGAUCCUGAAGACGACGGACUUAGCUGGAAGGCUUGUGGGCUGCACCUUCAGUCAGCGUCUCCAGUCAUCGAAGAGCCAGCGCUCCCAGUUCGCCAGGUGGUGGAGGAGGAGCCAGGGCGCCGUCGAGCGUCCGUCCUCCGUCUCGGGGUUCCUUGACGUCGUGGAAGGCUGUCUCGAGACGGAGGUUCCUGCGUCUAGGACUUCGUGGACUUUCCGGACUCUCCUGAAGGUAAUUGCUCCAGGUGAGAGACAGGAGGAGGGGUAA